AUGACUCAGGAGCGCCGGGCGUCACUCGACAACCCCUUUGGAAACAAGCAAGAGCUCAGGAAAAAGUUCGGAUUCUGGUCCCAACUUGGUCUUGCCUUUAUCAUCCUCACAACAUGGACAUCCAUGGCAGCAUCGAUGAAUAUCGCGCUUCCUUCUGGAGGCCCAGUGGCCGUGACCUGGGGAUUGCUGGUAUCGGGCUUACUGACCAUGACCGUCGCCAUCAGUCUGGCAGAAAUCUGCUCCGUUUACCCAACCAACGGCGCCCAGUACGAGUGGGUGUCAGUCCUGUCCCCACCGCAGCAUCGCAAUUUUCUUAGCUACACCUGCGGCUGGAUCGUCAUGGCAUCCUGGUGGGCAUUGGCGGCAUCGGGCCCUUCUCUGUUUGCGAAUUUGACGACCGCGUUCAUCGAACUCUUCGACGACACCUACGUUUUCAAGAGAUGGCACCAGUUUCUACUAUAUACCUCGGUCGAAGCUUGCGCCAUGGUAAUCAAUGGACUUUUCACGGCAGCCAUCCCACUACUCAGUUCAAUCACCUUCUUCAUUUCGAUAAGCGGAUUCGUUGCACUGUCAAUUGCCCUGCUCGUCGUCACUAAGGGGGCCUACCAGUCGGGAAAAUUUGUUUUCGCCGGUUUCAUCAACCAAACGGGCUGGAGUGAUUGUCUGGCGUGGCUGCUGGGUUUGCUCCAAAGUUGUUUCUCGUUGACAGCCUUUGACGCAGUGGCCCACUUGGUGGAAGAGAUGCCUCAGCCACGAAGGGAUGCCCCCAGGACAAUCAUCAUCGCCGUGGGGUUGGGGACUGUUACCGCCUUCAUCUGGGUCAUAUGCAUCCUUUUCUCUAUCCAGAAUGUCGAUGAGGUGAUAAGUUCGCCCUUUGGUCCGAUCAUCACAAUCUUCUAUCAGGCAUCCGGUUCAAAGGGAGGCGCAGUCGGAUUUUCCAUUGUCAUCAUCUUCAUCAUAUGGUUCUCGGCUGCUGAAGUCGUCACAUCCUCGGCGCGGCUGACUGCAGCAUUCGCCCGACACGGUGGACUGCCAUUCAGUUCAGUAUUCAUGCGGAAUAACAAAAGGCUCGAUCUCCCCCUGAACGCCAUGUUGCUCACCAACGCAAUGGUUAUCGUCUUCGGUCUGAUCUACCUGGGAACACCUGCAGCCUUCAAUGCCAUCGUCAGCGCCUGCGUUGUUGGUUUGAACUUGAGUUACGCCAUGCCCAUUGCACUGCUGGUGUUCCGUGGGAGAAACAUCAUGGAGAAAGGCCCUUUGAAUCUGGGUCGUUGGGGUUACCCAAUCAAUAUCACCGCCCUUCUCUUUCUCGUCGUGACGUGA